AUUCUCAAUUUACGGUCUCGUUCUGUUCUGUCUCACUCUCACAUUCUUCCCUUUGUCUCCAAGUUUUAACUCGCAGCCGCCAUGUGCGGAAUCCUCGCAGUUUUGGGUUGCGUCGACAACUCUCAGGCUAAGCGCGCUCGCAUCAUCGAAUUGUCUCGCAGGUUGCGCCAUAGAGGUCCUGAUUGGAGUGGCAUACAUUGCCAUGGGGAUUGUUACCUUGCUCAUCAACGAUUGGCUAUUGUUGAUCCUACUUCAGGGGAUCAACCUCUCUACAACGAAGACAAGACUGUUAUUGUCACCGUGAACGGGGAGAUAUACAACCAUAAGGAAUUGAGACAGAAACUGAGUUCCCAUCAAUUUCGAACUGGUAGUGAUUGUGAAGUGAUUGCCCAUCUUUAUGAAGAGCAUGGAGAGGAGUUUGUUGAUAUGCUGGAUGGGAUGUUUGCCUUUGUCCUGCUUGAUACUCGUGAUAAAAGUUUUAUUGCUGCUCGUGAUUCUAUUGGCAUUACUCCUCUUUACUUGGGCUGGGGUCAUGAUGGAUCAACAUGGUUUGCAUCUGAAAUGAAAGCUCUGAGUGAUGAUUGUGAGAGAUUCAUAUCUUUUCCUCCUGGGCAUAUAUAUUCCAGCAAACAGGGAGGAUUAAGAAGGUGGUACAAUCCACCAUGGUUUGCAGAGCAUAUUCCAUCAACUCCCUAUGAUCCAAUGAUUUUGCGAAAGACCUUUGAGAGGGCUGUAGUUAAGAGAAUGAUGACUGAUGUACCAUUUGGAGUUCUUUUAUCCGGAGGACUGGACUCAUCACUUGUUGCUGCUGUGGCCAAUCGUUAUUUGGCUGAAUCUCCAGCCGCUCUUCAGUGGGGAUCACGAUUACAUACUUUCUGCAUUGGUUUAAAGGGCUCUCCGGAUUUGAAAGCUGCAAAAGAGGUAGCAGAUUAUCUUGGUACUCUUCAUCAUGAACUUAAUUUCACAGUUCAGGAAGGUCUAGAUGCACUUGAAGAAGUCAUUUACCAUAUUGAAACAUAUGAUGUGACAACUAUUAGAGCAAGUACUCCAAUGUUUCUUAUGUCCAGAAAGAUUAAAGCCUUGGGAGUGAAAAUGGUUCUUUCUGGAGAAGGUUCAGAUGAAAUUUUUGGAGGUUACUUGUAUUUCCAUAAGGCACCUAACAAGGAAGAGUUUCACGAAGAAACAUGUCGAAAAAUUAAAGCUCUUCAUCUUUAUGACUGCCUGAGAGCUAAUAAAUCUACUGCAGCAUGGGGUGUAGAGGCACGUGUACCGUUCUUGGAUAAAGAAUUUAUCCAUGUAGCCAUGAGUAUAGAUCCAGAGUGGAAAAUGAUAAGGCCUGAUCUUGGAAGGAUAGAAAAGUGGAUAUUGCGCAAUGCUUUUGAAGAUGCUAAGAAUCCAUAUUUACCAAAACACAUAUUAUACAGGCAGAAGGAACAGUUCAGCGAUGGGGUCGGGUACGGCUGGAUUGAUGCCUUGAAGGAUCAUGCCAACCAACAAGUACCAGAUGCAACUUUGUUGAAUGCCAACUUUAUUUACCCUGAAAAUACCCCUACUACAAAAGAGGGAUACUACUACAGGACAAUCUUUGAGAAGUUCUUUCCAAAGAAUGCAGCAAGGUCAACAGUUCCAGGAGGACCUAGUGUGGCAUGCAGUACUGCCAAAGCUGUGGAAUGGGAUGCAGCAUGGUCAAAAAAUCCUGACCCUUCUGGUCGUGCCGCACUUGGUGUUCAUGCAGCUGCAUAUGAGGAUGCUUUAGCCGAGCCUAAAAAGGGAACCAUAGUCUAGGAAAAUAAAAAUAAAAAAAUAUAUGCAACAGCUGUCUAGUAGGAAUUUAAUUUAAUGUAGAUGAAACUACUGAGGAGAAGUGGGGUUGUUUUCAUUUUCACACACCAUGAUCUAUGGACAUUUUAAGGUUUUAGAAAGAUUAUAUUUCAUGGCUGCAAGGUCAUAGGCCUUUCCGUUCUAGUCUUGGGACGCAAGGUCAUGGCAAUUUUUUUUCUGUCUGCUUUAAGAAUGCAAAAAUAUAUAUAAAUUUGCUCCACUUUUUAUCCUGAACAAAAUUUGUAGUUUUAUUUAUUUAUUUAUUU